GGUAAUGUUCGGCUUCGUUGUUUAAUAUAGAAUAUUUAGUGACAAUUCUGUCAUGUUUGGGGCGUUACGUCAGAUGAAACAUCAGUACGUCAAUUGCACAAGUGACCGGGAGUACCUUCUUAUGACUCCCACUAUGGCUGCUGCUGUGACAUCAGAGGAGCAGAAGUUCUGCUUGAGUGAGGUUCUCUCCACCUUCAAGGUGUGUCUGUCAGAAAACAACGAGGUUAUUCUGGAAAACUACGUGUCUGGCUGGCGUGGGCUUGUAAAGUUCUUGAACAGCCUGGGUACGGUCUUUGGCUUCAUUUCCAAGGAUGCUACGAAUAAGAUCCAGAUUCUGGUGAAUUUUCUGAAUGGAGAGACGUUCUCCCACUACAUGACGGUGCAGUCCAUGGUCCAGUAUGAGCUUGACAAUGGCUUGGUAGACCUGGACAAGCGAGGCAACCAUCCCGAGUCAGGCUGCCGUACUUUGCUGAGGCUGCACCGUGCUCUCAGGUGGCUGGAACUCUUCCUGGAGCGCUUGAGGACCAGCACGGAGGACAGCAAGACAUCCGCCAUGUGCGCCGAGGCCUACAACGAGUCCCUAGCCCUGUACCAUCCAUGGUUGGUGCGCAAGGCUGCAGGCAUGGCCUUCUGUGUGCUCCCUGGCCGCCCCACUUUCUUUGAGGUGAUGAACGUGGGUCCGCCGGAGCAGGUGGUGGCCAUGUUGGGGGAAGCGGUGCCGCUCAUUUCGCAAGUACACCAGGUCACUGAGGAACUUUAUGCUAAGAACAACCUGCUGAACUUACCAUAGAAACCUCCGAUGUCAACAUGACUGCCACUAGGGAUUGUGCAAUAUCGCAUGGCGGGAACAACGCAUCAUAAAAUGCUGGUACGGCUAAACUGCAAAACAUGUUUGUAACUUUUAUUCAUUAAUUAAUUUCUUCACCAUGUUUAUUAUAGUAAUUUUGUAUCAUUCUAUCCUAAAUAAACAAUCUAUAAUUUAACUGUAUGUAACAAAGCCUGACUUCUGCUUGUUGAUCAUUGUUGUAAUGAUGCACUGAAAUUGUUAAAAUUAGCUGAAAACAUACUGUAAAUAUUUUGAUCAUGAGGACUAAAUUAAUAAAUA